GCGCCGUUCCGUUCCGUUCCGUUCCUCUGUACCGUAGUGUUGUUGCCACACCGCAGUCUUGAAAGCGGAAUCGACGACCUUCCACCCGAUAGAUGGCCGAUCGAUAGCGACCCCCUUCCCCCGCAGAGCUCGACACGAUGACGGCGGCCGCUGCCCCGGCUUCCAACCCGACGGCCGGCAGCCGUUCCGGGGCGAGAGGCAGCGGGAAGCUGGAAUUCCUGCGAACCGAGCUCUGCCAGCUGGUCGCGAAGCUCUCGUCUCCGUCUCCCUCGACGAUCGUUCCCGAGGCCCUGGACCUCUUCUUUUCGACGCUGCCGCCGGCGGAGGAACUCCUGGCCGACCGACCGGGAAAAUGGCCCUUUCCCGGUGACACAAGCAACCACAACAACCACAACAACAGCGAAGGGCUCUUCCCCCUGAUGGUGGCCUGCGACAAGGGAAACCUGGAGUGCCUCCUGUAUUUCUGCGAGCGCACCGAGGAGGAGGCCGCGCGGCUUGCUCCGGGCCGCCAGAACGGUCCUUCUUCCYUCGCCUCMRCCGCCCGGAACCGCGGGAGGGUCCUGGAGGAACUCAUCGGAAACCCCCUUGCCUCCAGGACGAGGGUGGACCGAAACACGGCGUUCCACCACGCCACCACCCCUGACGCCUCGGCCCGGGGGGAAGGCCCCCCUCCGUUGCUUCCGAAGCUCCCGCUGCCGUCCUUUCUGGAGCUCCUGGAGCGGCUCGCAGAAGCGCAGGGGGAGCUGAGGGGCGACAAGGGUAGCGGUUGUGGUCCCCCGAGCACAAAGACAAACCUUGUCCUGGCCAUGGGAGCCGCCGCGAACGCCCACAACGACACCCCCCUCAUGAUGGCGGUGGCCAGCAACGUGUAUUGUGGUGUUUCCUCGUCGGCGCUGCGGUUUCUCGAAGAGUGGUACCGGCUGGCGCUCGAUCGUUMUCGCAGCGGCGACGUCGACGACAACUACAACAGCAACCACAACAACAACCACAACCACAACAACAACCACCGAUCGAAAAAGGGCCGCAACUCGGACAACACAGCCGGCACCGGCGGCGAGAGCAGCGCCCUUGCCGCGGUCCGGGACGUCCUGCGGGCCACGAACCACUCGGGGGAAUCGGUCUUGACGCUGGCCUGGUCGGGGGGGGUCCACGAGGUCGUGGCGUUCCUGGUCCGGAUCGACGAUGGCCCGCAGGCGGAAGACCUCCCCCCGAUCGUGGGCCUCGAGGAUGUUUCGAGGUGCAGGGACUGCCUCUCCGAGAUGGAGCGCCGGUGGAGGUCCAUCCUCCGGGAGCACUCCAAGAGGCAAAUCAAAACCAACCACGCUUCCGGGGAACACCCAAAGGCGGAGCGCUACGCGGAAGAGCGGAGGGCCAUCGAGCGGUGCGCAGGGAUCAUGGAGGCCCACGUGUCCGCGCGGUCGGAGCGGAUCGCGGGGGAGCUCCUCUCGUGCCUCGRCCGUGAUCCGCUGCCGGGAACAGGCGGUGCGGGCCCCACCGGAGGGAAUCCCAAAAAGAAGAAACCGAAAAAAGCCAGGCACAAAAAGAGGGGGGACCACAAGCCGCCGCCGGCGGCAGAGAACAAAGACGCCGCGGCACCGACACCGGGGGCCGGGGCCGACACGACGGACGCCACGAAGGACGUCUUGCUGACCACGCUGGCCAACGGAACCGUUGCGGUGCGGGUGUCCGGCCACAGCGAAGCGGACGCGAGCAGCGGCGAAAGCGGGAACCAAGAGGACGACCGGCCGGGAGGCGGGCCUUCCGAAGCUUGUGCCAGCCGCGAACGCAGCAGCCCGCGGGAAUCCGGUCCCGAGAACAGCGACGGCGACGGCGACAGCAACGGCAACCCAACGGCGGAACCUUCCGUCGCCGACGAUGCCAAUCGCCACAAGAAGGACGGGCCAUGGGCAACACCGGAGAAUGGAACAGUCGCCCUACGAGAAUCCGGUCGCGGCGGCGAAGCCGGUGGCGAGGGAGACGACCAGUUGACAAGAAUGACAGCAAGGACAACGAAAACGACAACGAGKYYGGUGACCGACAACAACCCUCCCCAYCCGGUGGUAUACCGGAGGCGCACCAUGUCCCUCGACGAAACAAACCAGAUGCUGCGCGAUCGAUACAAGCAGGGGAGCUCCAACCACCACACGAACAAUGCCAACCACAACCGGACCCCGGACCUUUCCGCCGCACCUCCGGCYACCGAGCGCGAGGACACCCGCUCGUCGGGGGCUCUCGUGGCCACAACCGCCGCCGGGGGUGGAAGAACGCCCUCGAGCGGUUCCGACGCCGACGCGGUCCUGUCGGCCCUCUGYCUGGACGUCGGCUGCCUGCUCUAUAGCGACCACGGAAUGGCGCUGAACCUCUCGCCGGCCCAGCUGGACGCCGUCCAGCAAAUCCUGGAAGAGCAGCUCCAAUCGGUCCGCAAGGCACGGGCCCUGCAGGAGCGGAGGUGCAAGGGUGCGGCGGCUSCAGCGGCCCCGUAGCUCGUUUUGGAGCAGAGCGGACGACGAGAGUGGACGACGAGAGUGGACGAACCAACGAAACAAGGGUGCGGAGCGCAACUGCCAUGGGAAACCAGCAAGGCUCUGAAACCGUUCUCUCGCGAAAUGGUCGUCGCUGUGCUACAGCGAUAUCCGGCGGUGAGCGAUCGACAACGGACAACACCUGCGUCCGAGAAACCUACAAUGAACGCUGUGAACGGGCGGGUUUUGUGUUGUACGACCUGGUCGCCGCCGUGGAAACGAAACACCCAAGUGCGGCGCACAAGGUGGAUUGUAUGUGGCCAGAACCGCGUUUGCCACAACGGGGUGCGCAUCAAAGAAAAAAAAAGGACUGGGGCCGAUCGCAACCACUUCCCAACUGCCACAGCCUCUCGGGCUUGUUGAAGCACAGUUACGAGGCAUUUUCUUUGCCAGGCAUGGUUCGGUAGYACAGUACCGGCACGUACGAAKUGCCAUCUACCUCCGCACAAUGCACGAUGUACAAGAUACAAGAUACAAUACAGACGAGACAGUUCUCGUACGYACAAGACGUAUGAGUACGUACUURCAUAGAAACGACUACACAGUSUACCGGAAUACGGAAUGUACUAUUUCUGCUAAGGUACCGGUACAAUACAACUUGCUGUACGGGUAGGCCCGUGUUGUUGAUUCGAUGUAUCAAAUGUCGUAUGCCUACGUCAUCGGAUGCACGAAACCUUGAAGAGAAUGUGUAAAUUUCCUAUUGAUUAGAUAAAUUAAAAAGUAUGAG